GCUUUUGCUAGUCCUCGAAAGGGUCUGGAAGAUAUUCCCGUCGUCAUCAAUCCUCAAGGUAUCGAGGAAAAGACAAGGAGGACUCUUCUUCAGCGCUCUUGCGCUCUAGUCCUGCUAUUCUUCCACUUCGCUCGCAGCCAAUGUUCAAAGCUGCUGGACGUUUCCAGAAAGCCAUCAUGACCGACAGCAAGAUCGUCGAAGGCGUCUUCGCCAUCAAUAAACCCCCAUCUAUUAGCUCAGCGCAAGUUCUCCGCGACUUGCAAACACAUUUCAACCCUUCCAAAUUAUUUGCGCCCUGGCUCUCCGCUGAACGAAAGCGUCUCGAAUCCGAAUAUGCGCGGCAAGGGCGAAGAAAGCGGGGCAAGGCGAAGCACUUGAAUGUCAAAAUGGGUCACGGAGGCACACUUGAUCCAAUGGCUACAGGAGUGCUUAUUACGGGAGUGGGCAAAGGCACAAAGGAACUUCAGAAAUUCCUCGAAUGCACAAAAGUGUACGAGACAGUCGUGUUAUUCGGUGUUGCGACAGAUACAUAUGAUCGGUUGGGCAAAGUCCUCAGACAAGCGCCCUUUGAACACGUUACGCGGGAGAAGGUCGAAGAAGCGUUGAAGCAGUUCCGAGGAAAUAUAAUGCAGCGGCCGCCAAUCUUCUCUGCACUACAUAUUGAUGGAAAGAGAUUAUACGAGUACGCGCGCGAAGGCAAACCGCUCCCAAGAGAAAUUGAAAAAAGACCUGUUUCGGUUCCGGAGCUGGAGAUUGUGGAGUGGUACGAGCCUGGCACGCACCAGUAUCAAUGGCCGACAGAGCAAGCAGAGAAGGAGUCAAAAGACGCAGCGGAGCAGGUCCUCCACUUGAGUGAGGUUGCACCGGUUGAGCCAGCCGCUGUGCCUAAUUCAGACCAAUCUUUGCCAGAACCAUCAGCUCCAGCAGCAGCAUCUGACGACGCUGGAUCAAAGCGCAAACGCAGUCCUGAGGCUCAGGCCGAAUCUGACGCUGAUGCCACGACAGCCAACCCCGAGCCUCUUCUAAAGCGACAAAAAGCAAGUGCUGAAGGAGGUACCAUGUCCGGUGCUCUCCCAACUGCAUCCGAAACCGGCGAGACAUCUGCACAGGCGGAAACCGCACCCCCUCAAACAGCCACCAGACCUCCGGCAGUUAAGCUUCGAAUGACAGUAACAUCGGGGUUUUAUGUCCGCUCAUUGUGCCACGAUUUGGGAGAAGCGGUAGGUUCUCUUGCGAUCAUGAGCGAACUAAUUCGUAGUCGACAAGGUGGAUUUACAGUGGGGCAAAAUGUCUUGGAGUAUGAUGAUUUGGCCAAAGGAGAAGAUGUGUGGGGGCCGCAAGUGGAAAGGAUGUUGGAUGAGUGGAAUGAUAAGGACAAGAACGGUGAUGGCGAAAAGAGCAAGGAGAGUCAGACUCAAGCUCCGAAAUCGAGGGAAAACCAAACUCAGGGACAAACCCAGGCGGAGUCUCCAAAGUCACCAAAAUCGAUGCAAAACAAAUCGCAAUCGCCGCCUGUACCGAGCAAUGCAGCAGAAAAGACAGAACAAUCUGAUGCUGUAGCAUAGAUGAAGACACAUUAAAAGAGAGCAGUAGACAUGUUUCGUAAAUUCGUAUAAUAUCCAAAAGAUAUGAACAAAAAGCUUAGACUUGGUUCGUAUCAUCCUAUGAUCUGCU